GCUGCCAUCGAUACCGUUUGCACUGUUUGCUGUGAAUCAAUCGAGUUUCUUCCUUUCGAAUCGUUGUUAUUGUUUUUCGUCUCUUCGACUGUAUUUUGGGCCAAAGUUUACGAAUAGUUUUUUCUAAAUUUGUAUAGAGAGAAUUGAUCCAAAGUGAAAUUGCCAAAAAAUAAGAAAUUAUUUAAAUAAAAUACGGAAUAAAUUCGGAAGAUUAUGUUAAAGUUCAACCGAUCUGUUGCCUAGAAACGACAACGGUGUGUAUCAAUUGGCGCUCAUUUGAUUCAAGUGCAGUUGAAUUGAAGAAAGUCGAGAUUGAUUCCGUUGCAAAUUCAAACGAAGAGUUUCAAACGUAGAUUUGAGAGAAGAGUUUUAGAAAAAGAGCUCAGAAAUCCUAUUUAUUAAGGAUUGCGCCAAAAAAAAAAAUCAACCGAAAUUCAAAAGAUGUCAUCGAAUAAUUGCAAACAAUUCUCGCCGGAGGAUUCAAAGCAGGAUGAAUCGGCGACGGAAACGAGUGAAAAUCGUGAGAAAAAAGUCUGUUUCAUUUGCGGCGGUCGCACCACAUUAAUAAUCAAUAUUCAUGAGCCGCGUUGUGGCCCAAACAUGAUCGAUGUGAUAAGUGAAAAGUUUAAAAUGCGACCACUGAACGAUGAUAAGUUCUUGUGCUACAGUUGCAAUAAUUGGCUAAUCAAUUGGUACACGGUGCAAAAGAAGAGCGAUGAUAGUAGUCACGAAGAUGCACAAGAACAGACCACAUCAUCCACAAUGUCAGCAGCAAUUACAGCCAAUGCGCACGGCAAACAAACCGCAACGAAAACAAGUGAUGAUCAUCGACAUUGCACCGAUGCGAAUGAGUUGAUUAUCGUCAGCGAUGAUGAUGAGGAGAACGUGGAAAAUGUGGAUGUAAACAAUGUGAUUCAAACGCUACGGGAUCGAUUGAAAAAAUAUCUAUACUAUCCAAACAAGCAGAAGUGUAAUGAUCUCAGUGAAUUGAAUGCACAUCCACAGGCCGCUACAAUCAUCGAAUUGAAUGGCACACCGGACAUGCACAGGAACUGUGAACGCUGCGGCAAAUUAAUUAGAAAACAUUCGAAUCGAAUGCAUAGCCGACAACGAACACUGUGCCGAACCUGUAGGUUUUCAAUGCGAAGCAAUGGAAAAUUAUCAGCACGUCUCAAAAUUCCCACAUAUCAUUUGACACGCUCACAAUAUCGACGGCAAAAAACUCAUAUGUCGCAACCAUUAUCGACACUCAAACGUUCCGAAUCGUUUGGCAAUCGCAUCAAUAUUUUCAAAAAAUUACAACAAUUGGGCACAUCCAUUUACUAUGAAAACAAUGGAUGCAGAGGGAAACGGCAUGAAUUAAGCCAGCACAUGACAUCGAUACCACAUGAAAUGGAUAUCAGUGAACACAAUACAAUACAACCGAACAUGGCUUGGAAACGACCAAAUGAAUCAAAUGAAAUCCUAAUGACAUUCAAUACCGUCGUUACGGAAGUAUUUCCGAUCGAUCAGUUGUACAACUAUGAUCGACCAACUGAUCAAAUGCCAAAUGCACCAAACGAUUUCAAUAUUCAAGACAUUUUAAGAAAUGUACCCAAAUCACUGACCAUCACUAUUGCGUAGCACACGCAUUUCAUGAAACACGAUCAUUCAGUCAGAUCGGCCCGACGAGGAGUGCGCGUAGGGUUUCAGGGAUUGUAUACACCAAAGCACAUUUAUAGACUGAUUUUAUGUUAUUAUUCAGAUUUUUUGUUUUAAAAAUUUUUUGUGACUUACACCACAGGCCGAAAUGAUGGAAACACAUAUAAACAAUGUGAUUUCUAUAUUUAUUUGAUCAUUUUCAGCCCAAAAUCGGUAUUGCAUAUGGAAACUUAUUGAAAUUCUGAUCAGCAUGUGCAGCAAGCGACUUUGUGGAAUGUUGAUAAAUUUAUUGUAAUAACAUUCAUAUUGGCUGAAUGGCAAUUUCUCCUAAAUUAUAACUCAUAUCAAAAAAAAUUUAAUGGUUAAAAAAAAUUUCUCUGCUUUUUUUCACACAACAACAUUUUCAUUGAUUUGUCAACAAAUGUUAGCGUAAAAUGUAAUUGCAAAUGCCUUUUCUCCACCUUUGUACACAUUGUUUUUUUUUAAUUGAUAAUUAUGAAUUGAAUUGUGGUCAGUUCCACGUAGUAGUAAUAAAUUACAUUGUUUUCUUCCCACAUAACGAGUGCAUGAAUAUUGAAUACUGAUGUUGUUUUUGUUUGUAAUUUCAAAUAAACCGAAAUUAAAUAAAUAUUUAUUUUUUUGAUAAUAUUUUUUGUUUUUUCCUGUUUUGGUUGAUCAAAAUCUUUGAUUGUCAAAAUCAACAACU